AUGCCAGUUGCUGUCAGCAAACAAGAGAAUAAGAGCAGAUCGUUGAUCUCCGACAAGAAGUACCGCUGCAUGUACUGUAAGGCCGAUGAUCGUGAGGCGAUCAAGGAGAAAGGUGGAACAGACUCUGGUCCCAUAACCCGCCACGAUCACAGUGGAUGGCAUAAAGCUGCUAAAGUCGACAGCCCAACUGUGACGACUACGCUGAAGAAUCUUGGAGCCCGUCGAGGUAAUUAUGAAGCUGAAGAAACCUUAGAAGAUGUUGCACUUAGAGCUAAGAAAGCAGCAGGAGCCGUCUCUACGAUCUGCUGA